UCGAUCGACAACUCGAACAAGCGAUAGGCCUUCUAGUGAGACAAUCUCCUGGUUGAUCAUGUCAAAUCUGCCUUCGGGACCCGGCGCCAGUUCUCCGUGCCCAGAACCUGUUGGACGCCCAUCCACGCUAGUAACAGAGCUCGCGGCGUGGAAUCUCCGUUCAAAGAGGGGACUAUUCGCCCAGUCCAAGCCUCGAGCUUCUCCAUCGUCGCAUCUUUUUGUUGGCCUCCUAAAGCCAGUGUUGAGUUCCCAGCCAAAAAUCGAUAGAACAUUCAUUUGGCGCUAGUCUCCGCGGACGGUUCACAUCGAAGAAGCUGCGAUCCAAUGGCGCGCGUCGUCGGAGUGAGGACUCUCGGUUCCUUGAAGUAGGGACAUCUGGCCAGCGUCAGACGAAUCUCGCUGCCCCAUUCGAGUUGCAUUGCCUAAUGCAUGUUUUCGGCCGAUGAAACGAGGACUAGAGCGAUUCCGAAU